UGCUACGUCACAAGCAGGCGCUGUAGAGUCCAAGAUGGCGGGGGAGGAGGUUCCGUCUCUAGCGGUUCUGCUCUGCUCCGUCCUCCGCCCGGACCCUCCGCCGUUGUUCGGCGGGCAGCUGUUCGAGCUGUACCGGCUCCAGACGGAGCUCCUGAGGCGGAGGAGGCAGCGGGAGAUGAUGGAGCGGGACCGGCGGCGUAGGCAGUACCUGCGGAGGAGGAGAGCCUUCCUGCUGUCGUCCAUCGCCGCCAUCCUGAGCCUCAUCACCUCCACCAACCGGCCCGUCUGGGUCCGGAACCGAACGGCCGGACAGAACUUUUGGGUGACGGCCGAGUCGUUUGACGACGACCAGUGGAAGGCGCAGUUCCGCGUCUCCAGGGCGACCUUCGACUACCUGGUCGAACUGAUCGGUCCGGCGAUCAAGCGGCGCCGGACGAACUACCGGGUCCCCAUCGAGCCGCGCCGCCGGCUGGCCAUCACCUUGUGGUGGUUCGCCCGGUCCGGGGAGUACCGCUGCAUCGCCGACAUGUUCGGGGUCGGCAUCGCCACCGUGUGCAUCAUCGUGCGCCAGGUCACCGUGGCCAUCGUGGAGCGGCUGUACCGGCGCUUCGUGUCGCUGCCCAGUGGACAGCGGCUGGACGACACCAUCCGAGGCUUCAGGCAGCGCUGCUACCCGCAGUGCGCCGGAGCCAUCGGCGGGACUCACAUCCCCAUCGCCCCGCCAAGGGACAACCCAGAGCACUACCUCAACCAGCGGGGCUGGCACUCCGUGAUCCUGCAGGCGGUGGUGGACCACGAAGUCCGUUUCACAGAUGUUUACGCCGGUUGGCCUGGAAGCACCAGCAGCGCCACGGUUCUGUCCAGUUCUGAUCUUUACCUGAAGGCCGAGGACCGACCCGAUGGUUACCUGUUCCCCAGAGAGGGCAGUGAGCUGCACUGGCUGGCCUGUUCUCUCUACGUGGCCUGCAGGUCCUCGGUGCCGACGGUGGGAAAAGGAACCGCCGACGGGAACUACGUCUCUCUGACCAGAAUCCUCCGAUGCUCAGAAAUGAGCCUGAUCGAGUUCUUCAAUAAGAUGAAGAAGUGGCAGGACAUGGCCAACCUGCCUCAGGACUUCCGUCAGAGCACCGACAAGCUGGAGAGGAACUUCACCGUGUCGGCCGUCAUCUUCAAGAAGUAUGUUCCCAUCUUCAAGUCCAUCUUCAAGGCGCCGUCAGAGGAACCGCCGCGAGUUCACCGCAGUCGCAAACAGAGACGUCAUCCGUGCACCGUGACCGAGGUCUUCAACUUCUGCUGGGUGUUGUUCGUCCAUGCUAAAGGGAACUUCCCCAUGAUCAGCGACGACCUGGUGAACUCGUAUCACCUCCUCCUGUGCGCGCUCGACCUCGUCUUCACCAACGCUCUGCUCUGCAACGCCAGGAAAGACCUGCUGAACCCAGAUUUCAAAGGUCUACCAGAGGACUUCAGCAGUAAAGACUUCAGGCCGUCCUCGGGUCCGUUCUGCUUCAUCGAGCAGCUGUGUGAGCUCCAUGACGGCCUGGUUCUGGAGGCCAAAGGAGUCAAAGAGCACUUCUGGAAGCCCUUCAUCAAGAAACUCUUCCACAAGAGGAUUCUCAGGGGUAAAGAGGACAGUCUGACCGGCUUUCUGGAUCCCAUGAACUUUGGAGACAGUUUCUUGUCUCUCAGUCGGCUCUAUGAAGAACAUGUUUUGGCCACCGGCAGUCUGGAUGAGAGGAUCUUCACCGGUGAGGGGGCCAACGAGGACAUCGGCACCCCGGGGCCCUGCCUCUGUGAGGGGAUGGAGAACCAGGACAGCGCCGCCUACAGGCUCCACACCAACCUAACAGCCUCGGCUCUGAAGGUCUCCACCCCUCUGACGGGCAGGAAGUACGUCCAGGAGGUCAGCAUGGCGUCGCCGCUGUCGUCGGCCAUGAAGAGUGUCGGACGACUUCACACUCUGCUGUCAGGGACCAAACAGGGUCCGAGUGCCAAACUAACAGAGACUCUGAGAAAUUGUGCCAGAGACCCCAGUGAUGUCAUCAGCCGGCGCCUGAAGGACAUGUUUGAUUUGUUUUCUCAGCACUACGAGGACGGCAGUGCAGACAGCCGACUGAUGGGGAAAGACAUGGCGGUGAAGUAUUUCCACCUGGCUGAGGCGCUCUACUACCGAAUCCUGGAGUCCAUCAUCGAGAGAGAGAAGAUGAUUCUUGGAGACGCUGAUCUGUCGUGUAUUCUGGAGCAGGACAUCUUCCAUCGCUCUCUGCUGGCCUGCUGCCUGGAGAUCGUCAUCUUCUCCUACAGGCCUCCAGGAGAUUUCCCCAACAUCAUCGGCAUCUUCCAGCUCCCUGCUUACCACUUCUACAAAGUGAUCGAGGUGUUGGUCCGGUCGGAGCAGGGACUGUUUCGGGAGGUGGUGAAGCACCUGAACCAGGUGGAGGAGCAGGUUCUGGAGAGUCUAGCCUGGACUAGCGGCUCCCCGCUGUGGGAGAGUCUCCGCGGGGCCAAAGACCACGUCCCUGCAUGCCAGGAGGUGAUGCCUCCUCAGUAUCUGGAACAAAACGAUGAAAGCAGCACCAGCAGCGUUCCCCUCACACCCAUCAACCACGGAGCUGAUCUCAGCACCAACAGCACCAUCAAAGGUGUGUCUCCCUCCCCCACCACCCUCCUGGACCGCUACAGCUCCCCCCCCGGUCCGGCUCGCCGUCGUCUCUUUGUCGACCCACCGGGGGACGGUGAGACCGGCACCGCCUCCACCGGCUCCACCAGCACCACCAGCACACCACCCGCCGCCGCUGUGACCAAGACCGGCCAGGCCAGCCUCGUCACGGCCAUCCCCGCUGGACAGACGGUGGUCACCGUAGCGACCGCCACCGUCACCGCCAACAACGGGCAGACGGUGACCAUACCAGUGCAGGGAAUAGCCAAUGAGAGCGGAGGCAUCACUUUCUUCCCCGUCCAGGUGAGCGUGACCGGGCAGGCCGGCGCCGCCCUGCAGCCGCUGUCCGCCCAAACCCUGACCGGCACCAUCGCCGUCCAAUCAGCCGUCGCCAAACCCCCGCCAAGGGCCAGCAGCCCGUUGAGGAAGGGAUCUCUGUCGCUGUUCUUCAGGAAGAUUUACCAUCUGGCCAGCGUUCGGCUCCGAGACCUUUGUGCCAAACUGGACAUCUCGUCGGAGCUGAGGAGGAAGAUCUGGACGUGUUUCGAAUAUUCUCUGGUCCACUGCACCGACAUGAUGAUGGACCGACACCUGGACCAGCUCCUCAUGUGUGCUGUUUAUGUCAUGGCAAAGGUGACCAAAGAAGACAAAUCCUUCCAGAACAUCAUGAAGUGUUACCGCACUCAGCCUCAGGCCAGCAGCAAUGUGUACAGGAGUGUGUUGAUCUCAGUGAGGAGACGGCGUCACUCCGGCUCAAACGACAGCAACAAACCAAACUCCUCUGCUGACGGCGGCCAGGAUCCAGCAGGAGGCGACAUCAGCCCGGUUCCUAUUCGCUCCAGCAGCACCUUGCCGGUCCCUCAGCCUGGUAGCACCCCUUCCACGCCCACCAGCGCCUCCAACAAGACCUCCUCUUCUUCCACCACCUCCUGCACUGUGGGCGAUGGCGAGGAGGAGCGAGGAGACCUGAUCCACUUCUACAACAACGUCUACAUCAAACAGAUGAGACACUUUGCUCUGAGAUACUCUCCGAGUUCGCCGUCUGCAGGGGUGGAGUCCCCCCCUCUGUGCCCGUACCCCACCCUGAGGACCGGAUCUCCCCGUCGGAUGCUUCUGUCCAGCAAACACUCCAUUUACAUCUCGCCUCAUAAGACAGGUUCCGCCCUGACGCCAACAACUCCCCGGGACAAGAUUUACUACUACAUCUGCAGCAGCCCCCCCAACCGUCUGCAGGAGAUCAACAGUAUGAUCCGGACCGGAGAAACUCCCACCAGGAAGCGCAGCAUGGCGAUGGAGGAGGAGACGUCGCCCAAACGGGUCUGUCCGGACAACCAUUCAGCUCUGCUGCGCCGCCUGCAGGACGUCGCCAACGACCGAAGCUCCUCCCACUGACAGUAAACACAUCGACUCCGUGGUAACAGGCGGUCACCAUCAUAUGAGCAGCUUUUUAUUUCUGCACUGACAUUUGUCAGCGGUUGUUUUAUUCGCUGGGAGCAGCACAGAGCUUCAGUGACUAAAAUGAACUUCAUAGUUUCCAUUAAAAACAACUGUAUUGUCUGUAAAAAUAUGAUUAAUCACAGAGAUGUGUUCUAUAAACACUGGGCUUACUGUGGAUCCUGAAGCAGAUGGUCUCCAUUUAUUGCCACUCAAAGUUGCCCUAAAGGUUAGUCUUUUACAGUUGAGUGCUGCCUUCUCAGAGCAAACAUACUAACAGAACUUGGUACAGCAGAGAGCAUUGUCGUGUUUUUAGCUUGUAAAGGGGCACCAUGACAAAGUCUUCAGGGACACUAAAUGACCUCCAGCCAGCACACAUUUUGCAUUAACCAUGAUAGUAUCCAUACAGUGGCAUACAAUCCUGAAACAACUCCUCUUCUUUUGUUGCCCUAAAUGUUAGUAUUUUACAGUAUUUUAGUCCCACAUCGAUAACAUUUUCCUCAAUAAUACAAUCCCAACUAUUGUAGAUUAGCCUAAGGCCUCUUACAGUUUAAUAACAAAUAAAAAAGUGACCAGAGGAGGUGGACAUUUCCUUGUCGGCUACAGGAGAGCAUUGUGGGGUUAGCUAGUAAAGGGGCACCAUGACAGAGUCUUUAAUGAUGCUUAAUGACCUCCAAACCUUUACACAUAUGUUGAUGCAAGCUUGGAUGAACCAUGUUAGCAUUUGUACAUCCUGCCGCAACUCCUGUUCCUUUGUUUCCCCUCAAAGUUGUCCUAAAUAUUAGUAUUUUACAGUAUUUUAAAUUUUACUGAGUCCCAAACCAAUAAUACAAUCUCAAGUAUUGUAGAUUAGCUUCAGGGCUGUAGGGUCACUGAUAUGGUUCAUUCCAGUUGCAGAUGCGACAGCCACCAACAGGACAAAUGUCAAGUGCACUUAAUUUGUUACACAAUUUCCUAAAUUAUUUAUUGAUAAUGCUGCAUUUCUUAAGAACAUUUCAAAAUUUAUGACAUCCGUUUCACAGCGGACAUAAACAAAGAAUCCGUUUUCUGUGCUGAUAACUGGCCUCGUUUUGCUGUUGUCUGUUUUAUUUGUCAUUUUAAUCACUGUUGCAUUUUACAAGAUAUAAUGUUCAGUCUCCUCCUAAUUAAAAUAGUCAGAAUGUGCUGUUUCUUUGCAAAUGUCACAAAACCAAACAUCGUAGACUGAAUUAACUCAUACCGUUGUUGUUUGUGUGUAAAAAUCUUCAUUCCAUCCUUUUAUUCUGAUGCAGAAGUGUUCAGGAGCCAUGCGAUGAAGGAACUUCCUGAACUUCUCGUCCUGCAUUUUAACACUUUAUUUUACAUUUGCAUGUUUUUGUUUCUCGUUUGAUUUUCUCCUAUGCUCUAAACAAAACAUAUUUAACCUUUUAAAGAAGUUUCAAUCACGAAAAGUGUUGUUUAACCUUUGUGAUUUACAUGUUUUUACGUCCUCCUGCUACCAUGUACUCCAGCUCACCGACCGUUACCGUCACAAGUCUGUAAAUAUGUGUACAAAAGAGAAAAGAAAGCCUAUUUAAUGGAGGUGAUGUAAGUUAAGUGCCUUUAUUUUGUACUCCUCUGUUUGUUUACAUCCUGUAAACUUUACCUUUUAUUAGAUUAUCCUGAUUGUAAAGAAAAGAAAGAAAAGCUGAAAUAAAAUGUUUGAACUGA